AUGGCUGAAAUUAUUGACCCCAGAAUAUUAACCGAUCAAGAAAUUGAAUUACUCGAAAAACAAGAUAAACGAUUAGUGCCGGAAUUUAGGCAGAAGAAAUUAGAGGAAGAGGUGUGCAAGUCUUGGGAUCUGUUUUAUAAAAGAAACGAAACAAAAUUCUACAAAGAUAGACAUUGGACGGCCAGAGAAUUCGAAGAACUUCUGCCAGAAUCUCUAGAAAAUAAACAUUUACUAGAAGUUGGGUGUGGUGUAGGAAAUUUCAUUUAUCCUCUUGUUCAAGGUACUUCGACGACAUACUUUCAUGCCUGUGACUUUUCUUCGAGAGCUGUCGAGUUUGUUAAGAAAAAUGAGUUAUAUGAUAGCAUCAGAAUUAAUGUGUUCCAUUGUGAUCUGACAAGAGACUCACUUUCCACAUCAAUACCUUGUGCAUCCGUUGAUAUUGUCAGCCUAAUUUUUGUUCUCUCUGCAAUUCAUCCAAACAAGAUGAUGACAAUCGUUGAAAAUUUAAAAUCUGUCUUGAAAUCAGGAGGCAAGGUGUUAUUUAGAGAUUAUGGGAACAAAGAUCAUGCCAUGCUUAGAUUUGCACCUGGUCAGAAAUUAUCAGAUAGGCUUUAUGUUAGGCAGGACAACACCAGAGCCUAUUAUUUCAUUUUAGAAGAGUUACAGAAAAUAUUUGAAUCAUCUGGAUUUCAAACGGACAGGUUGAGUUACAUAUACAGAGAAACCGUCAACAAAAAGGAAAAUAUGUGGGCUCAAAGGAUAUUUCUGCAAGGAGUUUUCAUCAAAACAUGA